GCGCGUUACAGACGGCAUGUAAACAAGCUACAGGAAGUGCAGCUGUUAUUAAUUCCAGCAGGUGACAUGGAUAGGUGGCGUGUUUUUGAAGUGAUCAGCCAAUAGUAGGGCAGCGCAAAGAUGACGGAGUGCUUCCUGCCACCCAGUAGCAGCCCUGCGGAGCAGAGGAGGGCGGAGCACUCCGGGAGCGUGGCUCGAACCCCGAGCUCCGAAGAGAUCAGCCCCACCAAGUUCCCGGGACUGUAUCGUACGGGCGACCCCUCACCCCCACACGAAGGACACCACCAUGAGCCGCCUGAUGCCGUGUCCGAUGAGGAGAAGGAACACAAUAAGAAGAAGAAUAAGUUUAAGAAGAAGGAGAAACGGACCGAGGGAUACGCUGCAUUUCAGGAGGACAGUUCUGCCGAUGAGGCUGAGAGCCCAUCCAAGAUGAAGCGUUCCAAGGGCAUCCAUGUUUUCAAGAAGCCCAGUUUCUCCAAGAAGAAGGAGAAGGAAUUCAAAGUGAAAGAGAAGGGGCCUAAAGAGGAGAAAGCCAAGGACAAGAAGUCUAAAGACCUGACGGCAGCGGAUGUGGUCAAACAGUGGAAAGAGAAGAAAAAGAAGAAAAAGCCCAGUGCUGAGUCUGAACCUGUCAUCAUGGAGACAGCAGUGACAUUGCAGCCGAUCUUCGGCGCUCCUUUAGCAGAAGCGGUGAGGAGAACAGCACUAUAUGAUGGGAUACAGCUCCCAGCCAUCUUUAGAGAGUGUGUGGACUACAUCGAGAGCUACGGCAUGAAAUGUGAAGGCAUUUAUCGUGUAUCUGGUAUGAAGUCUAAAGUGGACGAGCUGAAAGCAGCAUACGAUCGUGAGGAGUGUCCGUGUUUGGAGGAGUAUGAUCCUCACGCAGUGGCCAGCCUGCUGAAGCAGUACCUGCGAGAACUGCCUGAUAACCUGAUGGGUAAAGAUCUAGCUGCGCGCUUCGAGGAGGCCUGUGGGCGGCCCAGCGAGGCGGAGAAACUGCAGGAGUUCCAGAGGCUCCUGGGGGAGGUGCCCAUGGGGAGCAGACUGCUCCUGGCCUGGCUCAUCACUCACAUGGACCAUGUCAUCGCCCAUGAGGUCGACACCAAGAUGAACAUCCAGAACAUCUCCAUUGUACUUAAUCCUACUGUACAGAUUGGUAACCGAGUGCUGUACGUUUUUUUCACUCACGUCCACGAGCUCUUCGGUGACGUGGUUCUGAAGCCGGUGGUCCAUCCUCUACGCUGGUCCAAUAUGGCCACCAUGCCCACCCUACCUGAGACCCAGGAGACCAUUAAAGAGGAGAUUCGCAGACAGGAGUUCCUGUUGAAUCGUCUGCACAAAGAUCUGCAGGCGGGUGUGAAGGAUCUGUCUAAGGAGGAGAGACUCUGGGAAGUGCAGCGAAUCGUCACUGCGCUCAAACGCAAACUCCGCGAGGCCAAGAGACAGGAGUGUGAGACUAAAAUCGCGCAGGAGAUCGCCAGCCUGUCUAAAGAGGAUGUGUCAAAGGAGGAGAUGUCCGAGAAUGAGGAGGAAGUCAUUAAUCUGCUCCUGGCACAGGAGAAUGAGAUCCUUACAGAGCAGGAGGAGUUGAUCUCUCUGGAGCAGGUGCUGAGACGACAGAUCGCCACAGAGAAAGAGGAGAUCGAGCGACUGCGCGCAGAGAUCGCAGAUAUACAGAGCCGUCAGCAGGGUCGCAGUGAGACUGAGGAAUAUUCAUCAGACAGUGAGAGUGAGAGUGAAGAUGAAGAAGAACUACAGAUGAUUCUAGAAGACCUGCAGAAACAGAAUGAAGAACUUGAGAAUAAAAACACUCAUCUUAAUCAGGCCAUACAUGAGGAACAGGAGGCCAUUUUGGAACUGCGUGUUCAGCUCCGCCUCCAUCAGAGUCACAGGCUGCAACAGGAGCUCAUGGCCCCACCCCUAGCCGAACAGGCUCCGCCCUCCCUGCCCGGCCCAGAGGAACGAUCUCGAGCGGACGAGCCAAUAAAACGCGCCACAGCAGCCGUCAUAGAUUCCACAGGGGCGGCUGUGGCUGCCCCCGCCAAUGGGAAGCCUGGAAAAGACGCUAUGAAACCAUCACCCAGUAAAGACAAGCGAGAGAGCAACCUGUAAACUAUCAGACCAUCACUAUACCCCUCAAUCACUUCAGCCUUAUUUCAGUUUGCUCAUCGUGCUGCUGUGGCAUCUUGGGUUAAGGGUCAGACUAAAACUCACACUUAAGAGUUUACCGCCGUUUCGCAAGGUGAAGCAAGAUACGUUUAUUACACUGGGAGAAAACUGGACAGCAAAGAAUCGAACAUGUGGAGGAGGUAUUGUGAAAUGUAAAGGUCAAUAGGUCAAAUGGGAGGAAAACAUUUUAGUUCGGUCAUUAUUGCGAUUGACAAAUUCGAUUUAUUGGAUUUAAAUACUUGUUUAAAAUUCUGUAUGUGAAGUUUAAGAUGAAAUCAACGACAGCACAAUCAGAUUUUUGUGAGUGCUCAAUUUAUUAAAUUUUGCCCUUUGACACAAGUCAAAUCUGACAAUGAGGGUAAUUCUCUGCAAAAAAAAAUAAAAAAUAGUUGAAAGCAUUAGGGAUUUUUUUUUUUUUUAAAGCUCCUCUGUUUGCGAAUGAAUUUCACAAAAUCAGUCACAAAUAUACAGGUGCAUCUCAAUAAAUUAGAAUGUCGUGGAAAAGUUCAUUUAUUUGAGUAAUUCAACUCAAAUUGUGAAACUCGUGUAUUAAAUAAAUUAAAUGCACACAGACUGAAGUAGUUUAAGUCUUUGGUUCUUUUAAUUGUGAUGAUUUUGGCUCACAUUUAACAAAAACCCACCAAUUCACUAUCUCAUAAAAUUAGAAUACGUCAUAAGACCAAUAAAAAAAAACAUUUUUAGUGAAUUGUUGGCCUUCUGGAAAGUAUGUUCAUUUACUGUAUAUGUACUCAAUACUUGGUAGGGGCUCCUUUUGCUUUAAUCACUGCCUCAAUUCGGCAUGGCAUGGAGGUGAUCAGUUUGUGGCACUGCUGAGGUGGUAUGGAAGUCCAGGUUUCUUUGACAGUGGCCUUCAGCUCAUCUGCAUUUUUUGGUCUCUUGUUUCUCAUUUUCCUCUUGACAAUACCCCAUAGAUUCUCUAUGGGGUUCAGGUCUGGUGAGUUUGCUGGCCAGUCAAGCACACCAACACCAUGGUCAUUUAACAAACUUUUGGUGCUUUUGGCAGUGUGGGCAGGUGCCAAAUCCUGCUGGAAAAUGAAAUCAGCAUCUUUAAAAAGCUGGUCAGCAGAAGGAAGCAUGAAGUGCUCCAAAAUUUC